AAGGCGCUAAUCCACUUAUAGAUGGCUGAUUAGUUCAAAGAUGUUUUUUUUUUCUUUCAUUUCCUGGUUGAACCGACGCCGUUUAGUAGUCAGGGAUUUGCUUGAAGGAGGGUAUAGUAGAUCUUCUUCUUUCUUUCUCGCUUGCUUUUUUCGGCUGCGACAAACUCUGAAAAGAUGCAGGCAAGUGACAGGUUUAACAUCAAUUCUCAGCUUGAGCAUCUUCAAGCUAAAUAUGUUGGAACUGGGCAUGCUGAUUUGAGCAGAUUUGAGUGGGCUGUGAACAUUCAGCGUGAUAGUUAUGCUUCAUACAUUGGCCACUACCCAAUGCUUUCAUACUUUGCUAUCGCAGAGAACGAGUCCAUUGGUCGAGAACGCUACAACUUCAUGCAGAAAAUGCUAUUACCGUGCGGCCUUCCUCCAGAAAGAGAAGACGAUUAGGAAGGGCAGGAGGAUUUGAUUUUAUCUUUCUACUUAUUAGGAACUUUUCUGAUGGAAUGUUAGUUUGGAUUCAGAGUGUUAAACUGUCAAAAAUUUGUGCUGGUAGAGAUUUUGUUUGAUCUGAGUGUUUAAAAUAGUUGUUACUUUGAUGCAGCGAUAAAGUUUCACCCUCCAGUUAUCUUA